AUGCUCCGUCGUCAAACUCGAGAACGGCGGGAAUACAUCUACAAGAAAUCACAAGAGUCUCAGGAGAGAGCUAUCUACGAGAGGAAGCAGAGGAUCAAAGAUCUAUUGGCACAGGGGAAACAGCUGCCUACAGAACUCAGAAAGGAGGUGAAUGGUAAAGCGGGAAAGGAUUUGGUAUUGGAUGAGGCGCAGGCGGACCCCAAAUCACACAUCGACGAUGAAUAUGCCAAAGUCGGUACAUACGAUCCUAAAAUCGUUAUAACCACUUCUCGAUCACCUUCAUCUAGGUUACUGCAGUUUUCAAAGGAACUCCGUCUAGUCUUCCCCAAUUCAUACCGACUCAACCGAGGAAACACCGUAAUCCGCGAUCUCGUAUCAGCCUGUAACUCCCAGGGAGUCACAGACCUAGUCGUAAUCCACGAACAUCGAGGUGUACCCGAUGCACUUAUCAUCUCGCACUUACCUCAUGGUCCGACCCUCUCCAUGACUUUGCAUAACGUCACGCUCCGACAUGAUGUAUCGUCAUCUACAUCGACGGUAUCUGAACAAUACCCUCAUUUGAUAUUUGAUAAUUUCCAAACAAAACUCGGAGAGAGGAUAACAGGUAUAUUGAAAGCUUUGUUUCCGGUGCCAAAGGAGGAUGCGAAGAGGGUGAUGACGUUUAGGAAUCAAAGUGAUUUUAUAUCUUUCAGACACCACGUAUUCGCUAAGACAGGUCAUAAGGAAGUCCAAUUAGCAGAAGUAGGACCAAGGUUCGAAGCUAAGCCAUACGAGAUACGUCAAGGAACGGUCGAUCAGACUGAAGCAGAUGUAGAAUGGUUGUUAAGACCUUAUUUGAGAACUUCGAAAAAGAGAAAUCAAAUUUAG